AUGAGGCUCCUUCUCGCCACAUUGACCCUGCUUACGGCCCUUUUGCCCGCAGCAGUUUUUGCUGCCCCUGCGAUUGCCAGUCCGGCAUCACAAAGUCAUGGAGUCGAGGCAGAAAAAGUUGACAUUUCCUCAGAGGAGGCGGAGGGAAUCGAGGCUUUCUCGGAGGAGGCCUCAGAAGAGUCGCCCACGGCAGCUGCGGACUCACUCAAGCCGAAGGAUGAGGAGACCUUGAAAUCUUCCGCUGCAACACGACAGGCGGGACGGAAAAGACGCGUGUAUAGCCGCCUGGUAACAUCACCGUCCUAUGACAUGACCGCGACCUCGUACUCAAAGUUGAACUCCUACUCGGUGCCAUGGUACACUCCCACGACAUACUCGCAAUACGAUUACGAGACGUCGUACUAUUACCCAUCGACGAAAACGCACUACACAUCUGACACCUACGCUGCUCCUUUAUCUACCAAAACAGAGAGCAUUCCUGACUUCAGCUACAGAACGACGUACCGUCCAGCUACGGCAUACUACAGCCGACCGAUCACUACAUACUACACCCGGAGCACCGAUUACGCACCAUACGCGAAGGACGCUGGAGAAUACUCAACCCGUCAGUAUUACUACCGGCCCCGGACAACGCUUUACAGGCCAAUGACCACAUAUUAUGCGCCAGCCACGACGGAGACCACAUACUCUAAGGACUCAGACUUCGAGAGCUACUCCCUUGAUUAUGCACCCAGCAAGAGCUACAGCCGCACAACGUAUCGUCCAGCAGCAUUUUCCACGUAUGAAUAUGCACCUUCAAAGAGUUAUUCUCUCGCGGACUCAAAGGGGUCGGAUAUAGAGGAAUAUGACGCAACAUAUUCCUCAAAACCGUACUACAGCCGGUCCGGUUUCUACUCGCAACGCGCGAUACCUGCAGCGUACCGAACCGCUUAUGGUCGGCCGACGACUACCUACACAUACCCGGUGGUGACCCGGACGACUCGAUUCCUUCAGAACCGCCAAAACCCUCUCAAGAAGAUUCCGGGUGGAACAAAUGCUCGCACUGCGGCAGAAACAACCGCCCACGCACCCAGCAGUUCUCCCGAGGACGGGGCGUACGAACAACUCGAAGCUUCUGACAAACAUAGUGCCGGAACAACAAGCAGCAGAGGUGAAUCAAAGGAGUCUGCGGGGCGGCCAGCGGCCGAGCCAGCUCUGCCAGAGACAGAAAAACUCGGGAAGAAAUUGGGCGCGGAAAGAGAGGAAUCGAACCCAAUUGGUGAAGAGGCGAGUGAAUCGCAGCGAUAG